GUGGGUCACUGUGUUACUGUCUACCAAACCACCCCUUUCCAGUGGGAGCAUAUACUUGAAACAUCCUAACUUUAUCACAUAAACGUUUACGGGUGACAACAUUACUAGUAAGACUGUGGACCUGGCGAAAGUGACGUAAAUGCAUUCGAAUCGGCUGAGAAGAAUUUGCUACUACGGUAAGCUACCACUGUGGUAAGCUACUGAUUCGGAUUCUGACGAAUAAGCGGCUAUGUUUACAGUCGAGCAUACUCGAUUGCGCGGUUUCUGUUCCUGUUUUCAACCAAAUAAUUUUGUCAAAGAAGAAAAGGAUUUGAGGGCAAUACUCCGUCGAUAGAAGAGCUUGAAUCACUGAUAUCAAGUGAAUAGAGUAUUUCUCAUGAGUAGCUGAUAUACCAAACAAAGAUGUUUACAUUUGGACAAACACAGGCCACCCCAGGUCAGACAACGACCGCUGCACCGACCGCCAGCCUGUUCGCCAUGCCGGCUUCAACGACAGCAGGCGCGGUGGAUCCCAAGCCCGGGUUCACUCUUGGCGGUCAAGUGAUGUCCACUCCCUCUGCAGCUGGUCAGCCUGGGUCUUUAGGCUUCACACCACAGUCAAAACCAGCUGCUUUUGCCACACCAACUCCUCAGACUAACAGCGGAGGGUUCAGCUUCAGUCAGCCCCUGACGACCAGCACCCCCGGCUUUUCCUUCGGCCAGACCACAGCAGUGUCUGCCGCUACCCCCGCUACCACCACAGGUACCACCGUGCCGACAGGGCUGGUACUGGGGGCCACGCCUGUAGCCACGGCAACUGGAAGUGUCCUGUUUGGAGGAGGGACCACGACAGCCAGCGCCACCCCUGCCGUUUCAGCUGCCAAGGCUACAGCAGCAGCUACAACCACCACACAGCUACCAACAGGCCUGAACUUUGGCGCAGCUGCCACAACUGCUGCAACAACAGCUGCAGCCAAACCUACAACAUCCCUGACGUUUGGUGCCACUGCAGCUACAACUGCAGGGGGAACUACUGCAGCUGGGUUACUGUCGGGAGUCGCUGCAGUCAAGCCCACUACAAACACGUCCUUCUCACUGGCAGGUGCCCAGACGUCUGCACCUGCUGCAAGCACAGCUGCAACAACUACAGCUGCCAGUGCCACCAAAGGCCCGACCAUGACCUUCACCCAGCUGGAAGAGAAGAUUAACAAGUGGAGUGUCCAGCUGGAGGAGACAGAGAGAACCUUCCUGCACCAGGCCACGCAGGUCAACGCCUGGGACAGACAGGUCAUCGAGAACGGGGAGAAGAUUGUAGCCCUGAACGAGGCGGUGCAGCGUGUGAAGCUGGACCAGGGCCGGCUGGACCACGAGCUGGACUUCAUCCUUGCACAGCAGCGGGAGCUGGAGGACAUGCUACAGCCGCUAGAGGGCGCUGUGAAGAGCCAGGCUCCCUCCAUCUACCAGCAGCACGCCGACCUGGAGAGAGAACAUACGUACCAGUUAGCUGAGAACACAGAUGCACAGCUCAAGAGAAUGAUGCAAGACAUCAAGGACAUCAUAGAACACCUCAACCAAUCAGGAGCUCCAAACACCAGCAAUGACCCACUUCACCAGAUUGCCAGAAUCCUGAACGCACACAUGGACUCCUUACAGUGGUUGGACCAGAAUGCAGCGGUGUUGCAGAGGAAAGUGGAUGAAGUUGCCAAACAGUGUGAAGUGCAAAGGAAGGAGCAGGAACACAGCUUCAGGCUCGCAUUUGAAUGAUUCCAACUAACUUUGAAAAGAAAACAAAUCAUGUAAAAUGUCUUGCUGUAAUUACUGGUAGACACUUUUUAAACAUUAAUAUGUCAACACUUUAACAUGUCAAUAUUAUUUACUCUUUGUAUUACUGCUCAUGUACAGAGGAGCAAGAUGCUUCAUAUGUUACUUUUCUUAAACCUAACAGUAUGAUACAAAUAGAUGUUCUACAUAUGGUAUAGGAACAGAAAGGGGACAUGUUUCUGUUGAUACUAUGGGCAUCAAGGGUUUUCAAGAAAAACAUUCAUGGAACAAUAACUAUACUAGUUAAGCUAUUUACUGUAAAGAUAUCUAGGCAACUGAUUUUCAUACUAUGUUGUUAUGAAAUAUGUGCAUGUAGUAAGUACCAAUAUGCUUGACAGUCAACAGUUGCAGCCUUAGCCCAAUUACACAUUUUAUGUUGUCAGACCAAUCUAUUUGUUAUCCUAUACAUCAUGAUCAAAUAAAAACGUCCUCUCUCUAACUU